GCCGGCGUCGAGCUCGUGCGGCUAGCGUCGAGUAAGCUUGCGCCAUAGAUGAGUGCACGGGCAUAACAUAUAGCUAUAGUUGGCUGCCCCCUGCAUUAUCAACAUUUGCUGCCAAUAGACUGUGCAGUAGUAACAACCAUGCUGCUGGCACUCCUGCUCCUUCUCGCCGCGACAACAGCAGCCCUAGAGCAAGACGGCAAGGACUACGACCUCUACACGACCGCCUCCGCCCUGCGCAACCUCGCCGGCGGCUUCGCGAGCGAGGUGGAGGUGACCGCGGACGGGCGCGUCAAGAAAUUGAUCUUUGACGGCACGGCGGACCUGUUGGCUGAGGCGCGGGCGCUGGUCAACGCGCUGGGCGUCACCCAGGGCGAGGGGUGCGAGGACCGAGAUUGUGCCGCAAAAGAGCUGGUGAACAUGAUGCGCGGGACCGUCGACGCGAGGCGGCGGACGGCCGGCGAGGCGCUCGACCUCGCGCAGCUGCGCAUCGCGACCACGACGCGCGGACAUUUCCACGUGGUGCACACGCGGGACUCGUUCGUGGGCGCGUCGCUGGAGGCCGCGGGCACCUUCGAGGAACCCGCGCUGCGCCUGAUGCUCGCGGUCGUCCGGCCCGGCGACGUCGUCGUGGACGCGGGGGCGAAUCUGGGCGCGCACCUGGUGCCGCUCGCGGUGGCGGUCGCAGACGGUCGACACGCGCCGGUCAGCGACGCGGGCCGGCUGGUCGCCUUCGAGCCGCAGGCGAUUCCGCACGCGCAGCUCCACGCGAGUCUACUCAUGCUGGGCUCGGCGCGCAUCCCGAGCGCCGUCGUCGCGUACCGCGCCGCCGCCGGCGCGAAAGACGGGGGAGUCGCGUCAAUCCCGACGCUGGACGAUCGCGGCGCGCCGCAGAACUUUGCCCAACUCUCGCUGGUCGAGGGGGCGUUCCACGGGCGGCCCGACGCGGACGAGUACGAGAACUAUACCGUCGCCCGUCGGCGCGGAGACCAAAAGCUGUCGUGGCGGCACCCGACGCAGCGGUCGAUGUCCACGCAGGUUCCCGUCCGGUCGAUAGAUUCCGUGCUGAAGGAAAUGUCCCUCGCUUGCCCAUCGUUGAUAAAGGUGGACGUCGAGGGCCAAGAGGACGACGCGCUGCGGGGCGCCGCGAAGACCAUCAAAAAAUGCCGGCCUGUCUUGUACGUCGAGAACUGUGUGGAAAUCAACCAGUGCGUCGGGUGCACCCGACAAUUCUUCACUAAGUCAUUUCUCGGCGAUGACGUGGCCGCGCUGGCUCCGUCGAGCGGCGAGGAACCGGCAUCGCCACGCCAUCGAGCAGGCGUCGCGUCGAUGGCGUGGAGGACGACGCGGCGAAGGAGGACGAACGCGCCGUAAAAUUUUGAUUUCCACACAGGUCGAGAACAACCACUACCCCGCGGCCGGCAUCGCGACGAGGCAUUGCCGGGGUGCUGGCUACGUCGCCUUCCACCACGCGUUCUCCUACGCCGCGCUCUUCCCCAGACCUCGCUCAAGAGAGGAGGCGGCGUACCACGCGGACGUCGCGGACCGGUCGGACUCGCGGAACCUGCUGUGCGUCGCGUCGGCCGAGCGCCUCGCCGGGCUGCCGGAGACCAUUUUCCUUGAGGUCGUGCCCGGCUGGGAAUCCGCCGCGGCAGCGCUCCCGCCGGACCUGCUCGCGAGGCUGACGCGGCCCGUCGACGAGGCGGUGUUGUACCCGAACCGGGGGGCGCCGUGGGAGUAGUUGUCGUAUAAAGUGUGUUUGUCCUUUG